CUGUGAUUGGCUCAGAAUCCUAGUUUCCACGGCAACCGAAACAACACUAGCGGUCUUACUAACUUGUACCUCGCUGAAAAUACAGAAAAAAGAUUUACUCAAAUAUAAGUAUUGUUUGAACUCUCGGUGCGAUAUACCGUAGGCUUAUGUAAACAUAUACGGAUUCUGUGGUGGAGGCACAGACAGAUCAGCAGGAAAACGCCUCAACUACCAGGAGUGAAAACAUGGAGUUGAAGAAUGGUACAGAAAAUGUGGUGGAUGAGUGCAAAUCUUAUGUUUCUGAUGCUGGAAGUGACAGAGAUGAUGUGCCUGCUGAAAGGGGGACAUUGGAACAAGAUCAACAAAACUUUGAAGUUGCAGAAGCUUGUGAGGGGACCCCUGCUGGACAAUCAGUGACCAGCACCCCAGAGCCCAGGGAGAAGCAUGGAAAUGAACUCCCCUCUGGGAACAACGUGGAUUCUGGUGAGUUUCCUGAGGUGAAGCCACUGUGCUGUGAGGGGAGUGUCAUAUUCGAAGUCAGACAUGAUGAUGAUGGACUCCCCAUGUUAGACUUGGAGAGUUCAGCGGCAGAGAGCAGCAGCCCUGUAAUGGAGGAGGAAGAGGCUGGAGAAGAAGAAGGAGAAGUAGAAGAAGUAGAAGGAGUAGCCUCUCCAGAUGAAGGAGACACUGACUGUGAAGAAUUAGUGCAGCUUCUGCAGCAGCUUCAUGCAGAGAGAGAGGAAGCCAGCGUGCACAGCAGUCGUCUGCAGGUCCAGCUGCUGGAGUAUUUCAAGAGGAGUGGGGAAGAUGCCCAGGUGGAGAAGAGGCGAGCGUCAGAGCAGGAGCUGUGCUAUGAGAAGCACAUAAGCACGUUAGCUGAGCUGAAGCAGCAUCACACCACAAACUCAGGAAGCGCUCAACAGCAGGCAGAGCAGUUAAGACUGCAGAGCCAGGAGAGGCUGAGCCAGGUGGAAAGUGAAUGGCGUGCCUUCGUGGCACUAAAGCAGGAUGUCGCUGUGGCACGUCUGAGGCAGCACCUGGGCAAACAGGCAGCUCAGGCCAAGCUUGAGCCUGUCCUGGCAUCAGAGCAGCGUCAGCAGGACGAGCUGGUCCAGAUGCACCUGGAGCAUAUCAAGCUGAAGAUCAGGACUCGCAAGCUGGAGGACGAACUCCACACCCAGGGGGAGCUUGCCAACGACCUUCAACAGCUUGAGUUUGAAAAGCUGCAGGCCAAGAGCCAGAAGUUUAAUGAGAAGAUGGAAAAGCAAAGUGAGGAACUGUUAAGAUUGCGCAACAAGAUCAGCAGCACUACGUUGGUCCUGACAAGUGUGAAGCAGAAGCUUCAGUGGAGCCAGGUGGAGAGACGGAGCAGGCAAGCCCAGCUGGCUGAGCUGGAAGCCACAGUGGCUGGGAAGAGGAACCUCCUGACCCAGAUAAAGCAAGCCCGCAACUGCCUGCACAGAGACAACCUGAGGCUGCGACAGCCCUGCGGAUUGCUUUGGAACAGUGUCCUGCAGCGUGACUUCCAGGACAGCAUGGACACCUCUGUCCAGCUCCAGGAUAGGCUGGCCAACCUGAAGAGGCAGACGGCUGUGACUCCUCUGAAGAUGAAGAUGAAGGUGAAGACAACUUAAUGGUAAGAAGUGAGCUUGUUUUGACUGUGAACACACGCAUUUACAAACACAAAUACUCACAUGUAUUGCAGGAACGCAUGCAUUUUAUCACUUUGGCAAGAAUUUCAACAAUUUAAGGAAAAAUUUGAAGACCAAACUAAGAACAUAUGUAUGACAGUGUGCUGAAAAUUAUGUGG